AUAUGAUUGUAAUCUUCUAUUGCUUUGCGUUGCACUUAAAGUGCCAUAACUAAAAAAAAAGGCCAAACCCAAGCGUACCCCGUAUUUUCUCCCUUCCCCACUCUAAGGCGCGAUGGCCCCUAGAUCGGAUCACGCCGGCGGCAGCGCCGCCGCUCCGGUGGCCACGCAGGCCCACUUCGACUCCAUGGAUCCCCUCUUCCACGUCCUCCGCGUGCUACCAUUCUCCUUCCUUCGGCCGCCGCGCACCCGCCUGAGGCUGCCGUCGAACCUGGCGCUUCCCUCACCCAUGACCGUCUUCUCCCUCAUCCUACUCACCUACUUCGCGGUCGUCUCCGGCCUCGUCUACGACGUCAUCGUUGAGCCCCCCGGCAUCGGCAGCGCCCAGGACCCCGGCACCGGCGCCGUCCGCCCAGUCGUCUUCCUCCCAGGGCGCGUCAACGGCCAGUACAUCAUCGAGGGGCUCUCCUCCGGGUUCAUGUUCGUCCUUGGCGGCGUUGGCAUCAUCCUCCUCGACCUUGCGGUCGACCGCACCAGGCCCCGGAGCCUCCGCGCCUCGUUUGGAAGCGCCGGCGCAGUCGCCGUUCUCAUCGCCUACGCCAUGGCCAUGCUCUUCCUCCGCAUCAAGAUCCCCGGCUACCUUUGGUGAGGCUGAUAAAAUCUUGCCUGUUAACUAGACCAGAUCCGUUGCAAGAUCUCGCUACAUCUAAAUAGAUCUGCGUGCUGUGGAGCGUGGACUAGCUUACUCCUCUUUUAGUUAUGUCAAUUAAUGUUACAUCGCACCAUGUGCUGUAUAAUAUCUACUCAGAGUUGCUAGGCGAGGAUAUCAUUAUGCAAUGGUAGUAGACAAAGUUCUUAGUAUUGAGUUUCAUGGCUUGUGUGGAACCACACUAUUUAUAUCAACAUGGUGUAGUUGAUUAUAUCAAUAUAAUUUGUCAUUUUGUACUCCCUCCGUUCUUUUUUAUUUCUCGUGUUUUAGUUCAAAAAUGAACUAGCGGGCGACAAAUAUUUGAGAACGGAGGUAGUAUUAAGUAACAUUCCCUGUAUCUCCAUUGGCCAUUGGAUUUUCUUGGACAUAUUGGUGUGAUUGGAAGAAUGUCGGGAUGUAGUUCCA